AUGCCAGCUGAAAGUGCGGAUAAACUAACGAAAAAGAAAAGUGUGAAGGUGGAAGACUACGACGAGCCGGUCAAUUUUCAAAAUGUAUCUACAGAAUUGAACAGAGCUUAUGGGGAAGCUCAUAAACACGUCUUCCAAUACAUACUAGAAAUGCACGGAACAGUGACUCGCAAACAACUCUGGACCAAAUUUAUACUAUAUUACACGUGCUACAUUGCGAAGAGGAAUCCUGCAACCGCUCAAUGUGUCGUAUGUAAUGAGGAACAGCUAAUUACACUUGCUGAGCAACUCGUGAAGAAGAUCAACAGAGAAAUAGAUUGGAUGAAGAUGCAGCUGAAUACAAUUCAAUCAGAGUUUGAUGGGAAGCUCUUUGUGUGCCUCGUGAACAAGCAUCCAUAUCAAGGAGACCUCCUAAGUAUCGCGGGAUUUACGCCGGACGAGGUAUUUUUGUUGACUAAAUGGCUCGCUUACAUCUUCACAUCCGUUGAUGAUGAGGACGAUGAAAACACAGAGGAUGCUGAUGGCUUUAUUGCAAAACUUAAAUUAUCGAAUAUGGCGAGAAACCUUCCAAACCCGAUUACUGAACUACGGCUGCAAGCUUUGACGGAUAAACUCGUGCAAGACAAAUGGAUUAAGGAGGUGAAUGGAGGAUUCGACUUGCAACCGCGUGCUAUAGCUGAAUUAGAAAAUGUCAUUAGAAACAAAUUUCAACCUGCUUGUUGUGCUCUUUGUCUUCGUGUGGUCGUGAAGAAAUCGCUAGCACGCCAAUGUGACUGCAAAGCUUUGAUGCACCAACACUGCUUUACCGCAUUUGUUAAGAAUGCAACAGACAUCCGUCCCGUGAGAUGCCCUCGUGAAGUUAAUGGCUGCACGAAAGUUUUCUAUCAAACAACUCAGCUGCACAAUGGAUUACAAAAGGUCAACCAGACGGUUAGUAGGAGAUCAAGUAGGGUCGAAGAAGAUGAGGCUAUCAAUUCUGAUGCAGUCGAAAGUGAGAACGAGUCCAGU